GGUUUCCUUUAUUAACCCACUCACAGAACCAGCUCAGUCAGACAAACCGUGUUGUUCCAGAGUUGCAGUGAUCUGAAUAUACCUCUGUAAACACCAUCAUGUGGGCUGAAGAUGAUUUGGAUCCAGGAGUUCCCUGUCUUGAAAGCUACUCAGAGCCUACUGAUGGGAAAGUGUAUCGAAUGUAUCAUGGUACCUCUGCACAGGCUGCUGCCCAAAUCAUGAUCACUGGCUUUAAACAAUCUGCAGACGGCAUGUUAGGGCGUGGUGUGUACCUCAGUCGUGAUCUUAAUAAGGCCAGUAGAUACCCUUUGAAUCUGCCUGAGCACCAGAGAGUUGUUAUAAGGGUGAAAGUCAAUGUUGGGAGAGUGAAGAAAAUCGAUCGCCAAGGUCACCCUCUGCAGAAAACCUGGCAUGAUCAUGGGUACGACACUGCUUGGUGUCCUCCUAGAUGUGGCAUGGUUCCAAGUGGUCUAGAAGAAGAUUGUGUGUGGGAUCCAGCACGUAUUCAGAUUAUUGACGUAAUUCAUCCAAGAACAACACCAGUACCUCAGUUUCCUGUAUUCAUGUACAACUUCAACAUGUGGGCUGAAGAUGAUUUGGGUCCAGGAGUGCCCUGUCUUGAAAGCUACUCAGAACCUACUGAUGGAAAAGUGUACCGAAUGUAUCAUGGUACCUCUCCAGAGGCUGCUGCCCAAAUCAUGGGAACCGGCUUUAAACAAUCUGCAGACGGCAUGUUAGGGCGUGGUGUGUACCUCAGUCGUGAUCUUAAAAAGGCCAGUAGAUACCCUUUGGAUCUGCUUGAGCACCAGAGAGUUGUUAUAAGGGUGAAAGUCAAUGUUGGGAGAGUGAAGAAAAUCGAUCGCCAAAAUCACCCUCUGCAGAAAACCUGGCAUGAUAAAGGGUACGACACUGCUUGGUGUCCUCCUAGAUGUGGCAUGGUUCCAAGUGGUCUGGAAGAAGAUUGUGUGUGGGAUCCAAGACGUAUCCAGGUCAUUGAUACAAUUCGUCCACGAACAUAAUCAGGACCAUUCCAUGACUUUUACUUGGUUGUAAAAAUUCCUAUCAGUAGUUCUAAAAGAUAAAAUCAACACUGUCAAAGUCCAGGUCUCGAAAAUAACUUUGAACUAAUAAAACAACUGAAAAAAAAAAA